AUGCUAGGCCCACGCACUCACAAACGGUACCUAGAGCUUAAGCAAAACACCUACUCGGGCUAUGCAGAGAGGCGCGCUCACACACACACACACACACACACACACACACACAAGGAUGCAGGGAAGAAGGCCUGGGAAGUGGUACAGGCCGCAGAAGAUCCGUGGAGACACCAGGGCAUGUGUGCUCAGGGGGUGGCCGGGGUCUUGUACACGGCACACACCCCCUCGCCCCAAGCCUCCCCAGAACUCCAGUUUGGCAUCAGUUCGGGAGCAGGCCCUGAACUUCAAGAGAUGUCCCCCUCCCUCUCCCGACCAGGCAGGAGCCUUUGGGUGGCCAGACCUGUGUGGGUACCAGGGCCUUCUGGCCCGGCUCCCCAGGAGGACGGGCAGGCCCAGGCGUGCUGCAUGAGAGCAGGCGUGUGGAGGGCGGCUCUUACACAAUCCUAUCCGGGCUCAGCAGGGCGGGAGAGUUGA